GUGACUACUUGUAGUCUCCUCCUCCUCCAAGACUCAACGUUUCAUCAUUAACGCAGGCAGGCAUGCACAUGGCGUGUUCUCUGAGAUUUGGUGGUGAUGGUGGUCAUGGAUGAGUCUCAAAAGCUGAAAAAUCAAGCUUGAUGUUAGCAAGUCCACUCCUCCUGCCAACUCCUCAUCCCUCCACGCUUGCCUCCUGUCUGUCCUUCCACGCCCCUGCUCCUUAUCUCUCCGUUCAUCAUGGCAGAUGCUGUCUCCACCAGCUCCAUGCGUCUGAAGCAGGAGAUCUCGCUGCUGCAUGGUGUCUGCCUCAUUGUUGGAAACAUGAUUGGAUCGGGCAUCUUCGUGUCUCCCAUAGGUGUCCUUCAACACACAGACUCUUACGGUCUGUCGCUAGUGAUUUGGGUUAUAGGAGGGAUCUUCUCUGUGUUUGGUGCCCUGUGCUACGCUGAGCUGGGCACCACCAUCCGCAAGUCCGGGGCAAGUUACGCUUACAUCCUGGAGUCCUUUGGAGGCUUCUUGGCCUUUAUUCGUCUGUGGACGUCUCUGAUGAUCGUGGAACCGGCCUGCCAGGCGGUCAUUGCUCUUACUUUUUCAACUUACUUAGUAAAACCAUUUUUUCCCACCUGCCCGGCACCGUACGAAGCUGUCCGGCUCAUUGCAGCUGUUAUUAUCGGUCUUCUGACGUUUGUGAACUGUAUGAAGGUAAAAUGGGGCGCUAUUCUUCAAGUCGUGUCUACUGUUGCUAAAGUCCUGGCUCUUAUAGUCAUCAUCAUCGCUGGAAUAGUAGUUCUGGCUCAAGGCAAGACGAGCAACUUCCAGGAUUCGUUUGAGAACUCCAAGCUGAAUCCAGGAGACAUGGCUCUGGCUCUGUACGCAGCUCUCUACUCUUACUCCGGCUGGGAUACUCUGAACUUCAUCACAGAGGAGAUUAAAAACCCAGAGAGGAACCUGCCGUUGUCAAUAGCGAUCUCCAUGCCCAUUGUCACAGUCAUCUACAUCCUCACUAACAUCGCCUACUAUGCUGUACUGGAUAAGACGACACUGCUGAACAGUGAAGCUGUGGCUGUGACUUUUGCUGACCAUGUGCUGAGUUAUGCCGGUUGGCUCAUCCCACUGUCUGUGGCCAUCUCUUGUUAUGGAGGCCUAAACUCUUCUAUCAUAGCUGCUUCCAGAUUGUUCUUUGUGGGGUCACGUGAGGGCCAUCUACCCAACGUCCUUUGCAUGAUCCACGUGGAGCGCUACACACCGAUCCCAGCUCUGCUCUUUAAUGGUGGCAUGUCCCUUAUAUUCCUGUGUGUGAGAGAUGUCUUCCAGCUAAUUAACUACUUCAGUUUUAAUUACUGGCUCUUUAUUGGCCUUUCCAUCGGCAGUCAGAUCUACCUGCGAAUUAAAGAACCCAACAGGCACCGUCCUGUAAAGUUGAGUCUCUUCUUCCCUAUAGUCUACUGUUUGUGUACGGUGUUUUUGGUGGUUGUACCUCUCUACAGUGACACCAUAAACACUAUGGUGGGAAUUGUUGUGGCUCUCUCUGGAGCUCCAGUGUAUUUCAUCUGCGUGCACCUUCCACCCAGCUCCAGACCGGCCUUUCUGGGACAGAUGCUCGAUACGUUUUCAGUGCACACCCAGAAGCUGUGCUUUUGCUGCGUAGCAGAACCUGGUUUGGACCUUGACAAUCCACCAGAGGAGGACAAAAACGAUUAAACGCAGACUCCAAAGGAAUCUUAUCCGAGAAAGUCGGAUUAUCCAGAACCUCAUGUUUGCAAUGCACAAGGAACAGAGAGACGGAUGUGUGUAAAGAUUAGGAUUGAAACACAAACACACUUGUGCCUCUUAUGCCUCAGGCUUCACACAUGUGAUGUCUCAUCAGUUUAGUCCAGUUUCAGUUUAGUGGACCAAAUAUAAUUCAGUAACACUUAACAAUAAGGUUGUAUUUGUUAACAUUAGUUAAAUCACAGUGAACUAUAAUAUGAACAAAGAUAUUGACACUAAACUAAUAAAGAGGAAUAAAUGUUGAGAAACUAUUUAUUGUUAGCUUAUCAAUUAGCAAAUGUUAACAAAAACAACUUUAUUGUAAAGUGCUCCCAAUCAUUUAUUAAGACAGACAGUUAGUUAGACUUUAAAGAAGGCUGUGAAAGUGAUUUUAAUGUGAUGUUUUGUUUUUAAGGUUCACUACCCGAUGGUCUCAUAUGUUUGGAUUAGUUCUCCUUCACUGCAUUGGUCUUCUGCAAGGCUUUAUACUGAAUAUUAUAACGUUUAUAAAGGCCAAGUAACUGCAGUACAAAGCAGUCGUAUGGCUGCUGUAAGAGAAACACUUUUGUGUCGUUUACGGAUUUUGAGAGUAAUUGUUUGCUUGGCAAGAUGAAGGAUUGUGUUACAUUUUGUACACCAGACUGAAAAGCCAUAUAUUUUUACCUAAAGUUUCAGUUGUGCAAAGUUUAUAUUUGACUUAAAAGCUUUAUUGGGGCCUUUUUUUUCUUUAUGCAGCCUAGAUAUACGUGUUUUUAAUUUUUUUUUUAUGAUUCGUUUACUGGCAUUUUAAUGAUUUAUAUGUGUGUCUAUUUUUAAGGAGAUUAAAAUGUAUUUUUAUGCUGGAUAAAUCCCUAUAGGAAUAGCAUGAAGGUACUGUAUGGUCUACAGGAAUUCUGUUAUAUGACACCACUGUCAAUGAUUUCAGGAAUUUAACCAUAAUGCAUCAUAUAGGACCAGUAAUAGACACAGUCUACUUUGAAGUUUAUGGGCAGAAAGGCAAUGUUUAAAACGUGUUUUGAUCGGUUUUAGUUUAUUUCUACAUUUGGAUGAUGUUUAAGUGAAAUCCGUUUACACAGUUGUUUAAUGAAAUGUAUGCAGGUUACUGUAUACCUCACAUGCACAUAUAUCACUGUAAACCGCUGUACUUUAUUAUAUUUCUAGAGUGCUGAUCAUUCCUACACCAAAGAAUGACUGACAGGAACAGUAGUUUAUGCGUCUUAAAGGUACAGCAGUACCUCCAGUAAACUGCUGUUAUUAUUGUUGAGAAGUACACUUUGUUUUAGUUACCCAAACAGUUUUUUUAUCUGAUCUGAAUAUGUAAUUCAAUGUUUAUUGUAGUCCGCAGAUUAAGAUGACAUUUUUAUCAAACGUUAUGUGCAGUGUGGUUGUUGAUUUCUUAUUUUUAUGGCCAGAGUGCGUACAAAACAAUCAAAUUCUCAGAUGUCAGGUUAAUGUUAGGAACCUAUUCUUUUUAAAAAUAUUUACAUUCAUAAGAGGUUUACUAUGAUUAUUUAUUUCACUGUUGCAAAAUUGUACCCACCAAUUCAC